GGACUGGGUCUGGUUAUAAAAAAGCAUGGCAGGAAAGAGUCCUUUAAACUAAGCAUGCAUGUUUAAUGGGUACAGGGUCAGAACAUGGCUCAACACAGGAUAAUUUUAGGUAUUUUAGUGUUUAUUUCAGGCCAGUUUGGCUCUGUCUCAACCCAAAGCCCAAAUGUGUGCAAGACCUUUGGCAGCGGGGUCAUAGAGACUUUCAAUAAGACCAUGUUCCAUGUGAAAUCCACAUGUCCUGUAAUACUGACACACUUCUCUCAUGCGGGAGUCGACUGUUUUAUCUCUGUGCAGCGUGAUCCAAAUGGCUUCAUGAAGAGAGUUGAGAUUUUGGUGAAUAAAGUUGUUACCAUCAUUCAGGAUGGCAUAUUCACUGUGGAAGGAAACAGCGUCUCUCUGCCCUAUGACCACACCUAUCAAAGUGUGUACACAUUUGGCAUUUAUACCAGGCUUACAAGCAAGGUUCUGCCACUUUCUGUCACAUGGUACAGUUUACCUGAGGGUGUCACUUCACUUUGGGUGCAACUGGACCGGCCCUUGGUGGAUGGGAUGACUGGGAUGUGUGGGGGACUAAAUAGUUCAGAAACUAGAGCACAGCUUCUUGACAGCAAUGUCAUCCGUGAUGGGAUAUGUGUGAUUGGGGAUUCCCAACCAGUAGAGGAUAAGAUUUGUAAAGACUUUAAAUCCCAGGCCAGAGAGUGCCUGGGCAGGAAGCUUAAUAUUUUUGACCAGCUCUGCAAGCUAAACAUGUAUAUUAAUGUACAUGAGUCUGCAAAGUGCUCUUUCUAUGAAGAAUUCCUUCGUCCAUGUAAUGGCUCAUACCCCCUGCAAUCAAAAUUGCGAAACAUAACUUCAUGUAAGGAGCAUCAUUGUCCAAGAGGUCUGCAAUUUAAGGAUCAAGGUGCUGCUUUUCCUCCCACCUGCUCCAACCCCAAACUUCAGACAGAAUUUCGUACCAGCACUUGUCUUCCUCCAAAUGGUUUGGUCCUGAAUGAUCGAGCUGAAGGUUACCACAGUGUUAAGGUGGAGGACUGUCCUUGUGUGCACAGUGGAAGAACUUAUGCCCCAGGGCAAAGACGAAGCUCAAAGUGCCAAACUUGUGAAUGCAUCAAAGGCAAAUGGAUCUGUUCAGCUAACACUUGUCCGACUCAGUGUAUCAUUGAAGGCUGGUUUGUCACUACCUUUGAUGGUAAACAAUAUUCUCUGCCUGGAAAAUGUACCUAUGUGGCUGCAAGGGGACUCAACUGGACUGUGACCAUCAAAUUUUCUGAUAUGGCUAUAGAAGUAUUGUACCUUGAUGUGUAUCAGGAACGAUUCACCUUCUCCUUAAACAGUGUACAACUAUGGGAAAAUAAAAUCACAGUCACAGAUCUGUCACAAACUGAGCAUGUCACAGUCUACUGGCAGUCUUCAAUGUUUGUUAAGGUCAAGACAACUUUUGGAAUGAAGAUGCAAGUCCAAGUUUCUCCAGAAGUUCAAAUGUACUUGUAUUUGCCACAAAAUGUAACAACCACAGGUCUUUGUGGAUCAAACAACAACAACACAGAAGAUGAUUUCACUACGAGCAGUGGUAUUGUGGAAAACUCAGCUCAGCCUUUUGCUCUAUCGUGGACAAUGGGGGACUGCGCACCAAAUAAUCCCCAUGUAUGCAUCAACACCGACAAUGAGAUAUUUGCUGAAGAUAAGUGCAGCCAGCUGACAAACAUAAGUGGUGUGUUUGCCCAGUGCCAUGACUAUGUGCCUGUUAACACUUAUUUUGAUGCCUGCGUUCAGAGAACCUGCCAGGCUACUUCUGGCUUACAGGAGCGUGUGUGUGUUGGCCUGGGAAACUACGCUAAAGCCUGCGCCAGUCAGGGCAUCAACAUUGGUGACUGGAGAGCAGAAACAGCCUGUACUCCUUCCUGCGACAGUAAUCUGAGGUUUGAUUACGCCAUGCAGGCAUGUAAUCAUACAUGUCGCUCAUUGUCUGGUCCUGACCCGACCUGUGACAUGCCAGAUGACCCAGUGGAGGGCUGCGGAUGCCCAUCUGGCACCCACCUCAACACACCACUCAAGUGCAGCCCUCGUGCCCUCUGCCACUGCAAAUACCCAGGUGGAACAACACCUCCAGGGCCCGUGGUUAUUGAUGGACGCCAAUGCAUGUGUGAAAAUGGAAAUCUCCACUGUUCAGACGUUUGCGACUGUCCACAUGGACAAAUAUGUGUCCAUUGUGCACAAGCACCAGUAAACACAGUGCAAAGGACAUGUGAGAGCCUGAGCAAGCCAUCUAGUGCUGGUGAGAGCUGUAUCAGUGGCUGUUACUGUCCAGAGGGCCAGUAUGCAGACCAUACAGGCAGCUGUGUGACUCAGGAGAAUUGCACAUGUGAAUUCAGCGGGAUGGUUUAUGCAUCUGGGCAGAGCGUGGAGUCAAACUGUAAAACAUGCACUUGCGGAGGAGGCCAAUGGGACUGCAAAGGUGAUCCAUGCCCAGGAGUGUGUGAAGUGUUUGGCAAUGGACAAUAUAAGACCUUUGAUUCCAAAUGGUAUCGCUUCGACGGCCACUGUCAGUACACUCUGGUUGAGGACAUCUAUGGGCUGUUUUCCAUUAAAGCGGAGAGUGUGCCUUGUUGUGAUGAAGUUCUGACUUGCUCCCGUUCCAUCUCAGUGAAACUCAAGGAUGAAGUGACCCUGAUCCUGCGUGAUAUGAAUGUAACUCAGAAACUCCUGGAUGGGUGGCGUUUCAGAGCUCAGUCACUUUACUCUGUCCACACUGUGGGUCUGUACAUCAUCAUCUCUGUGCCUGAACUGGGCCUCAGUGUGAUUUGGGACAAGCAAACCAAAGUCAAAAUUGAACUGCAGGCUUCAUGGAAUGGUAAAGUGCGGGGCCUGUGUGGUGACUUUGAUGGGAAGUUAAUGAAUGACUUGCUGACGAGCAGCUCCACUGUAGUUUUCAGCACACUGGAGUUUGGGAACAGCUGGAAGGCAGCCGUGCCCCCCUGUUCGGAUGUGACCCAAGAAUUGUUUCCUUGUGAACGCCACUCAUACUGUGCUGCUUGGGCACAGAGACGCUGCAUGAUUCUACAUGGUGACACAUUCAAAGCCUGCCACCUAAAGGUUGAUCCAACGCCUUAUUACCAGGCCUGUAUUCUGGAGUCAUGCUCCUGUGAUUUUGAGGGCAAGUUCCUGGGAUUCUGCACAGCUGUGGCAGCAUACGCUGAUGCCUGCACAACUCAAAAUGUCUGUAUCAAAUGGAGAACUCCUGACUUGUGCCCGGUCUAUUGUGACUAUUACAAUGAAGAGGGUCAGUGCAGCUGGCAUUAUGAAGCAUGUCCUCAACAGAUCAAGACUUGUGGGAAAAACAACAAAUUCUCUGGAAAGCUUGAAGGUUGUUACCCACAAUGCCCUGCUGAGAUGCCGUAUUAUGAUGAGAACAGAAGAAUAUGUUCCAGUUUGGACAACUGCACUUGUUACUUCAACAGCACUGUGGUUGAACCUGGUGCUAAAGUGACUACACCCAAUGAAUGCUGUGAGUGCAUUGGGGGGCAAAUGAUUUGUGAAAUUUGUAAAACAACUCCACUAACUACAACAGAGACACCUGUAACAUCUUUAACUACAAUUGUGUACACACCACAAACAACACCUGUUAUAAAAACUGGGACAACAUCAACCCCCUCCAGUCGAGGUCCUCAAGUGUCAAACUACACAACUACUACACCAGGAACCACCACUACUAAAACAACUGAACUACCUACAACUACAACCCCACUAACAACUAUUACAACAGAGACAACUAUAAUUACCACAACAACAUCAACCCCAGAAAUCACAACUGAAAAAUAUAAAACUACAACUCCGUUAACUACAACAACAGAAGCACCUGUAACCGCAUCAACACCAAAAAUCACAACUGUACCACUAACUACAACUCCACUAAGUACAGCUUCAAAAAAGACACCUGUAAUGACCACAACCACAACCCCAGAAAUCACAACUGAAGAAUCUGCAUCAAUAACUCCACUUAUUACAACUUCAACUACAUCACAGACACCGGUAACCAGAGCAACUACAGAAAUCACAACUGAAGAACCUAAAACUUCAACUUCACUAAUUAAAACUACAACAGAGGCACCUGUAACAACCUCAGAAAUCACACCUGAAGAAUCUACUUUUACAACUCCACUUACUACAACUUCAACUAUAACAGAAACAACAGUAACCACCACAACAUCAAACCCAGAAUUCACAACUGAAGAACCUACAAGUAUAAUUACCACAACAACAUCAACCCCAGAAAUCACAACUGAAAAAUAUAAAACUACAACACCGUUAACUACAACAACAGAAGCACCUGUAACCACAUCAACACCAAAAAUCACAACUGUACCACUAACUACAACUCCACUAAGUACAGCUUCAAAAAAGACACCUGUAAUGACCACAACCCCAGAAAUCACAACUGAAGAAUCUGCAUCAACAACUCCACUUAUUACAACUUCAGCUACAUCAGAGACACUGGUAACCAGAGCAACUACAGAAAUCACAUCUGAAGAACCUAAAACUUCAACUUCACUAAUUAAAACUACAACAGAGGCACCUGUAACAACCUCAGAGAUCACACCUGAAGAGUCUACUUUUACAACUCCACUCACUACAACUUCAACUAUAACAGAAACAACAGUAACCACCACAACAUCAAACCCAGAAUUCACAACUGAAGAACCUACAACUACAACCCCACUAACAACAAUUACAACAGAGACACCUGUAAUUAGAACAUCAACCCCAGCAAUCACAACUGAAAAAUAUAAAACUACAGCUCCAUUAAAUACAAUGGAGACACCUGUAACCACCAUAACAACCAGCCAAGGAAUCAUAACUGAAGAAUCUCCAUCUACAACUCCACUUACUACAACUUCAAGUACAACAGAGACACCAAUAACUACAUCAACUACAGAAAUCACAACUGAAGAACCUAAAACUUCAACUCAUUUAACAACAACAGAGAUACCAGUGACCACCAAAACAUUACCCCCAGAAAUCUCAACUGAAGAACCUAAAACUACAACUCCACUAACUACAACAGUGACACCUAUAAUCACAUCAACAGCAAAAUUCACAACUGUACCUAAAACUUUAAUUCCACUAACAACAACAACAGAGACACCCAUAGCCACAUCAACCCCAGAAAUCACAACGGAAGCAGCUACAUCUAUAACUCCACUAACUACAACAACAGAAACACCAGUAACCACAGGAAUAUCAACCUCAAAAAUAACAACUGAAGAGCCUACAUCUACAACUCCACAGACUACAACUACAGAGAUAGCCAUAACCACAACCUCAACCCCUGAAAUCACAACUGAAGGACUUGAAUCUACAACUCAACUAGUUACUACAACUACAACAGAGACACCCAUAACCACAAUUGUAUACACACCAGAAACCACACAGCCAGGCAUAAUAACUGGGGCAACGUCCACCCCCUCCAGUCGAGGUCCUCAAGUAUUAACCUUCCCAAGUGCUACACCAGGAACAACCACUACUAAAACAACUGAGGAACCUACAACCCCACUAACAACAAUUACAACAGAGACUGUUGUAAUGACCACAACCACAACAAUAACCCCAGAAAUCACAACUGAAGAAUCUGCAUCUACAACUCCACUUAUUACAACUUCAGCUACUUCAGAGACACCAAUAACCACAUCAACUAAAGAAAUCACAACUGAAGAACCUACAACCACAACUCCAUUAACUACAACAACAGAGACACCUGUAACCACAACAAUACCAAAAAUCACAACUGAGUCUACAACUCCACUAACUACAGCUUCAACAAAGACACCUAUAAAGACCACAACAACAAGCCAAAGAAUCAUAACUGAAGAAUCUGCAUCUACAACUCCACUUAUUACAUCUUCAACUAUAACACAGACACCAGUAACCACAUCAACCACAGAAAUCACAACUGAAAAACCUAAAACUACAACUCCACUAACUACAACAACAGAGACACCCGUAACCACAACAUCAAUACCAAAAACCACACCUGUACCUAAUACUGUUUGCAAGGAUCUGAUUAGAAAUCAAACCUGGGAAGAGGGUUAUCAGUGGACAGAGGACUGCUUCAAUAAAAUUUGUGUAAACAGUGUUAUUGAAUUGAGACCUUUGAUAUGUCCAACUCCAGUCAUGCCUGUGUGCCCCAGAGGAAUGCCUCAGCUGGUAAAAGAUGAGCAAGGCUGUUGUGACACCUGGCAGUGUGACUGUCAAUGUGAUGUCUUUGGAGACCCACACUACACUUCCUUUGCUGGACAGGACUUUGUGUUCCUGGAAGACUGUACAUAUAUUCUAGUGGAAGAAAGGACUCCACAUCACCAUCUCAGCAUCAGCGUUGAUAAUUAUUACUGUGAGCCAUCUGCUUCCUGUGCCAAGGGGAUCAUUCUGAAGUACCACAACAACACAGUCAUACUUCAAGUGCUUCAAGUUCCUGAUGAAAUGCCCAUAUUAGAAACUACUCUGAAUCAAGUAACAAUAAAGCCACCGUAUCAAGCAGAUGGACUCAGGUUUGAGAGCACAGAUGCAGAAGUCUACAUUUACAUUGAAGAGAUCCGGUCAUACAUCUUUCUCAGUGUAUGGAACACACUGCAGAUCAAUCUGGCAAUGGAGCACUUCUUUAAUAACACGCAGGGACAGUGUGGUGUUUGUGGAGGUUCCUCAUGUAUACGCAGGGAUGGUUCAGUUGAGAAUGAGGACUGCUGUGAUAAGACUGCAUAUGAGUGGAUAGAGGAUGAUCCACUAAAACCAUACUGUCAACAAGCCCCCCGGCAUGUCCCUUGUUCCCAUGAAAUAACACCAACACCACCUAUUUCUCCAACAAAAAUACCACCCUGCAUGGCUCCUCUCUGUGAGCUCCUCAGACAUGAAGUGUUCAGUGAAUGCAGUGGGGACAUUGAUGUGGAGAAGCUGGUGAGUAACUGCAAGUUUGAUUACUGUGCGGCCCACAACAACGCCACUGUGUGCUCCCCACUAGAGCGUCUAGCUGAUCACUGCAAGAAGAUGGGCUUCUGUGUGGCCUGGAGAAACCUCACCAAGGGAAUUUGUGACAUUACUUGUCCUGAAGGAAUGAUGUUUGAUGAGUGCCGGAGCACCCCAGCUGAUUUCUGCCGUGGCGGUGAGCGUGUUCCGGGGACAGUUUUGGAUACAAUGAGAUCUGGUUGCUUCUGCCCAGACAGCAAGCUACUUGCUGAGAAACACAAGAAGAUCUGUGUAUCUGAAUGCACAAACUGUAAAGGCCCACUGGGAGAACCCAUGCCGGUUGGGGCAAUAUGGGAGUCAAAUUGCCACAUGUGCACAUGCAAUAAUCAGACUCUGACAGAAGAAUGCUGGCCAAAACCUUCAGCUCCAACUCCCACAUGCAGUCCUGGCUCUGCUCUCAUCUCUGACUGCUGCAACAACCAGAUAUGCGUUGAGAAGACUUGUGAAUACAAUGGAACAAUACAUAAGGUGGGUGAAACAUGGAGGGACCCCCAGAGUCCCUGUGUAACAUUUCACUGUACAAGAGAAGGUACUGAAAUAGAGAAGAGUGUGUGUCCACAGCAGUUAUGUUCUGAGGAAUUCCGUGUUUGGGAUGAGCAUCAUUGCUGCUAUUCAUGCAACACAACGUGUGGAGUCAGACUGUCCAGAAUGACUGUUGAGAACUGCACUCAGGAGGUGAUGCUGCCCACCUGUGAAGGCAACUGUGCAUCAGGCUCCCUGUGGGUGAGGUCUGGGAAAGAUUUGCAGUUGGUCCAUAAUCAGUUCUGCUGCCAAGAAAGAAACUAUGAGCUGAGACCGAUUUCUCUGGUCUGCAGCGGAGCUACAGCUACACAAUACACCUAUAAACACAUCACCAGCUGUGAGUGCCAGCGUGAAGUCUGAAACCUCAAAAGAUUUCCAAUGUUAUUGUAAUGCUCAGAGAACCAGAUCUGAGAUUCUACAUCUACAAUUCAUAGCUAUACCUUGAUUUGCAUGAUUUAUUGUCUUUUUAUAUGAUCAGUGAUUGAGCUGGAAGUUGAUUAUUUUUUAGACAUUUUCAGUCUUUUUUAGACAUUAGACAUUUUCAGUCUUUUUUUUGGGGGGUAAUGUCUGGUGUUUCUGCUUUAAGUGCCAAAACCCAAUAUGAAUUCUCUGUAAGGCAUUUGUUUUCUUUACAUUUUCCAGGUUGUGUGAUUAAAUACGAAAAUCUAAGAAUCUCAGGUUUAAAUAGUAACCAAUAUAGCUAAAGUUGACAUUGCUGCUUUAAUUCUGUUAUGCUAUAUCAACAUUCUUGAAUAUUUCCUUCUUGUUUUUUAAAGCACUUUAUAAGAAUUGUUGGAAAUGAUCAUAUAAUGUCUCUCAAUGAUGGAUUCAUAUGUAAUCAGUGAAUAAAGAUAUGCAAUGUAGUGUUUAA